AGAAAAAGAAGGGGAAAAGAAACGAGAAAAGGGUGUGGAGUUUCUCUCCAUUUUUGCCUUGGCCCUCCACGCGCUCUCCUUCUGAUCCCUCUUCGUCCUCCAUCGCUUCUCUUCUUCUCCUUACUUUGUCGAGAGGCAACGAUCCGGUUAGAGGUCGAUCGACUGCUCAAUUGGGGUCUUUACCGUUGCAUUGUAGGCUCUGGCGGUGGAUGGAGGGUCAGAGCGUCGCGAUGGAUCGGGAUCAGCAAUGGCUGCUCAACUGCCUCACGGCGACGCUCGACCCCAAUCAGGACGUCCGAUCCUUCGCGGAGGCUUCCUUAAGGGAAGCCUCGUCUCAGCCCGGUUUUGGGGUUGCAUUAUCUAAAGUCACAAUCAACAAAGAACUUCCUUUUGGACUGCGGCAGUUAGCUGCAGUCCUGCUGAAGCAGUUUGUCAAACAGCACUGGCAGGAAGAUGACCCAAAUUACACGCACCCUCUGGUUCCACCUAUGGAAAAGGUUACUAUAAGAAAUCUCCUGCUUCUGGCAUUGGAUGAUUCUCAUGGCAAAAUCUGCACUGCUGCUAGCAUGGCAGUGGCGUCCAUUGCACAUUAUGACUGGCCAGAGGAAUGGCCUGAGUUGAUGCCAUUUCUUUUAAAGCUGAUUACUGACCGGAGCAAUAUCCAUGCGGUGCAUGGAGGAUUGAGAUGUCUGGCUCUUCUAUCUGGUGACUUGGAUGAUUCCUCAGUUCCAAGACUGGUGCAACUUUUGUUUCCUCAUUUACAUACCAUUGUUUCAUCUCAUCAGAUCUAUAACAAGCAUAUGAGAACUAAAGCUCUUUCAAUAGUUCAUUCUUGCAUUUCUACAUUGGGGUCGAUGACUGGUGUUUACAAGUCAGAAACCAGAGAGCUGAUGGUUCCAAUGUUUAAGGCAUGGAUGGAACAGUUUUCAUCUAUUAUGCAAGCUCCUGUGCAGUCUGAGGAUCCAGAUGAUUGGGGUAUUAGGAUGGAGGUGUUGAAGUGCUUGAUUCAGUUAAUUCAAAGUUUCCGCAGCCUUGGAGAAGCAGAAUUUGUUGCUGUCCUGGCUUCUACAUGGCAAACUUUUGUGUCAUGUUUGCGAGUAUAUGAAUUAUCAUCAAUACAAGGUACAGAAGAUCCUUAUUCUGGCAGAGUUGAUUCAGAUGGUGCAGAUACAAGUCUUGAUGCCUUUGUUAUUCAGUUGUUUGAGUUCUUUCUCACUGUUGUUGGUGAUAGGAAGCUGAGUAAGGUUGUUCAGGGAAAUAUUAAGGAGCUGCUGUAUUAUGCUGUUGCUUUUCUGCAAAUGACUGAAGAGCAGGUUCAGACAUGGGUGGCUGAUGCUAAUCAGUAUGUUGCUGAUGAGGAUGACAUGGCUUAUAGUUGUCGAAUUUCUGGUUUGUUGUUGUUAGAAGAGAUUGUUAAGGCUUAUGAUGAUGGAAUUGAGGCUGUUCUAGAAGCUGCUCAAAAUCGAUUCAGUGAAUCUCUUCAAGCAAAAGCUUCUGGUUCCAGUCGUUGGUGGAAACUGGCGGAGGCAGCAAUUUUCUCCUUGGGAGCACUGGCAGAAGUGGUGGCUGAACCUGAGGAUGAUGAAUCAGUGAAACUGAGAAUAGGAAGGUGCAUUGAACCAAUGCUUACCAAAGAUAUGGGGAUAGUGGUUCAAGAAUUUCCUUUUCUCCAUGCGAGGAUAUUUUCAACAAUUGCUAAGUUUUCCUCUGUGGUUGGACAAACAACUCUCAAGCAUUUUCUUUUUGCAGCUAUGCAGGCAAUUGCUUCUGAAGUUCCACCACCAGUAAAAGUAGGUGCCUGCCGAGCGUUAUCUCAACUUUUGCAGGAUUCGAACUAUGACACCAUGCAGCCCCAUAUUAUAGGUCUAUUUUCAGCCAUAGUUGAGCUUCUUAAGCAGGCUUCCGAUGAAACAAUGCAUUUAGUUCUUGAGACACUGCAAGCUGCGGUAAAGGCAGGAAAUGGUGCAAUAGUUUCUGUAGAACCAGUUAUUUCUCCUUUGGUUCUCAACUUGUGGGCACAGCAUGUUUCGGAUCCAUUGAUCAGUAUUGAUGCUGUUGAAGUGUUGGAGGCAAUCAAGGAUAUGCCUGGAUGCUUGCGGCCUCUUGUUUCUCGUGUCCUGCCUUCAAUUGGCCCCAUUUUGCAAAAUCCACAUCAACAGCCCGAAGGUUUAGUUGCCGGUUCCUUGGAUCUCUUGACAAUGUUAAUAAAGAAAGCACCUUCUGAUGUUGUCAAGCAGGCUUAUGAUGCUUGCUUUGACCUUGUUGUCCAGAUUACUUUACAAAGUGAGGAUCAUGGUGAGAUUCAGAAUGCAACGGAAUGUCUGUCUGCAUUUGUUUUAGGAGGCAAGCAAGACAUGCUUUCUUGGGGCCAUGAACCAGGUUUCACAAUCAGGAGUCUUCUUGAUUCUGCCUCAAGGCUACUUAAUCCAGAUUUGGACAGCUCUGCAUCACUGUUUGUUGGUGGCUACGUAUUGCAACUUAUUUUACACCUACCUUCAGAAAUGCAACAGCAUUUACAGAACCUCGUUGCUGCUCUUGUUAAGCGGAUGGAAUCUUCUCAAAUAUCUGGACUGAAAAAUUCUAUUCUGCUUGUGCUUGCAAGGCUGGUCCAUCUAUGUGCACCACACGUGGGACUGUUCAUUAAUUUGUUGCGUGGAAUUCCAAUGAAUGGCUAUGAGAGUGCUCUCUCCUAUGUGAUGUCAGAAUGGACUAGGCAGCAAGGGGAAAUUCAGGGGAGUUAUCAGAUUAAGGUUACAACUUCUGCUUUAGCUCUAUUGCUCGCCUCUCGACAUGCUGAAUUGGAAAACAUAUUUGUUCAAGGGCAGCUCAUAAAGUCGUCCACAGGAAUUGUGACUCGCUCAAAAGCAAAGACAUCUCCUGAUCAGUGGACAACGGUCUCACUUCCUGUGAAGAUUCUCUCAAUCUUGGCAGAUAUGUUACUUGAACUUCAGGAGCAAACCCUUGAUAGAGAUGAGGAGGAUAGCGAAUGGGAAGAAGUGCAGGAUGCAGGAGACGCUGAUCGUCAGACUCUGAUAUAUUCAGCAACUUCACUAUCAAGUGUUCUACCUUCAGUAGAGCAUCUUGAGGCUAUGGAGAAAGUCUUGUUUGAGAGCGAAGAUAAUGAUUAUGAAGACUGCCUUUUAAAGGGAGACCCACUUAAUGAGAUAAAUCUUACAAACUAUAUUGUGGAAUGCAUCACAAAGUUUUCAAGCAGCUACAGGCCAGAUUUUGAUUGUUUUUGUCAGAGUUUGACAGGAGCACAAAGAAACAUCAUACAAAUUGCAAUAAAGCGAUGAGAUUCCUUUCUUGGUUGAGUUAGAGAUGUAUGCUUUCCUGAUGUCAUUCUUGUGUCAGUUCAGGUUCAUUGGCUUUUGUUUUCCAUUUUCCAUCUGUAUCAUUCUCUCAAAAAAGAUCUGCUGUCGAGUGCCACAUUCAAGUCGGCACUUGUCUGUCCUUCGGCUUUUGGGGCUGUGAUUUUGACAAUGCGCUAAAUGAAGAGCUUUUCUGUAAAUAUGCGCAUCAUUGUUUGCCUAGUAAAUCAAUGUAUUUGUUACGAGUGUAAUCUUCAGUAGACCUUGAGUUCAAACUUCAAGCGUAUAAGAUAAUGCAUUUGUCUGUUGAGGCUCGA